AUGAAAUCGCUUCUCCACUUCGGAAUCGUGUUCCUCCUCUUCCAUUCUUGCCUGGCCUCUGAAAUCCCCUACCACAAGGCCAUUUCCGAUUUGAAGGAUUCGAUUGUGAAAGGAUUUGGAUUUACGUCUGAGGAUGAAGUGAAGAUUACGGGAUUCGAUCCUCGAGAGGCUGAGGUGGGGCAUUCCGUGGAAUACCGAUUCGACUUAGAAAUCGAUCAUCAGGUUAUUCCCUUCAAACUACUGGAAGACGUGAAACGCUGGGAUUACGUGGAUCUUCCUAUUUUCCGGGCUCAGGACCAGGUCCAUACCGGCUUGGUCCCGAAACGGGCCUCGGCUAAUGACCUUCCCGUUCUGGCUCCCUUCGUCCUCGCUGGGCCCAUGGAACUCUGGAUUCACGACGCCAAUGACAUGAGACUCUCUCUGCCUCAUGACGUGGAUGCUGGUGUGUUGAAGAAAGUGAUUUUGGCGGAGGGAGCGGCGGUUACCGUCAAAGGUGCAAGAUCCGUUAGUCUCCGGCAACCGCUUGAUUUCCCUCUUCCGUUAAACCGAACGGAGAAUGGUUUUGCUAACGGACUUUUAACCCUUGCUCAACAUAUUCGCCAUGCUUCUAGAACCCAGGCUUCUUCGAUUAUGUCGCUGCGAAUCGUUGGUCCUACGUCGAUCGCAGCAGCGCCGUCCGACACAACAACCUCAACCUCGUUGAAGCUCAAACGUCUUGCACCUGGUCUUGUGGAAUUGUCUUCGCCCUUGAGGACCAAAGAUAUUGAGUCAUUUUCGAGCGUUGAUCUUGAGGGUGAGGCGCCGACGAUUCUUUCACCCAGUCAGUUUUCGACUUUGUGGCCUCUCUCGUCGCUUAAUGGAUCGAAUGCGAACUUGUUGGGGUUUGAAAAACUCUUACAUUCUGUGUUGGGUGAUAAGGCUAACAAGAAAGGUUCCUUUAGGUUAGUGAAGGCUGUUGUUUCUGCUCAGACUUACGUGAAGAUUGGUUUCAAAGCUGAGAAGAAGGUGAAGGAAGGGGAGUUGGAGGGUUACCCUGCGUGGAGGACUAAGCCUGAGACCGUGACGACGCAGUUUGAGGUGCUGGCUAAGGUUGAUGGGGAGGAAGUGGUGCCGGAGAAAGUUAUACCGGUGAAACCUGUUGUUAAGUUGGAUAAUGUGGCGCCCAAUUUACUCACUGGAAAUGUUUCUAUGUCGAAGACACAAGAUGUUCACCCUCCGCCCAACCCCUUUUUCUUGUAA